AUGAGUUAUCCGGACAAGUUUACCGGCUUCUGCACGGCAGGGCCUAGCUCAUGGAACAAGUUUACAAAAGAAACUCUCACCCCGAAACCCUUCGAAGAUCACGACAUUGAUGUGCAGAUCGAAUGCUGCGGUGUCUGCGGGUCUGACGUCCACACUAUCACUGGCGGCUGGGGCGAGUACGAGGGUCCCCUGUGCGUCGGUCACGAGGUUGUUGGCAAGGCUGUUGCUGUGGGGAAGAACGUGAAGGAGAUCAAGGUGGGCGAUAGAGUUGGUGUGGGUGCCCAGGUCUGGGCGUGCCUUAAGUGCGAGCAGUGCAAGAACCAGAACGAGAACUACUGCCCUCACUUGGUUGACACAUACAACGCCAAGUACGAGGAUGGAAGCCAAGCACAUGGCGGCUUUGCUAGUCACAUUCGCGCUCACGAGUACUUUACUUUCAAGAUUCCCGAUGAGAUAAAAUCGGAGAAUGCCGGCCCGCUAAUGUGCGCUGGUCUCACCACAUACUCACCUUUGGUUCGAGGGGGUGUUGGCCCCGGAUCCGUUGUCGCAAUCGUCGGUAUCGGCGGCCUCGGCCAUCUUGGUCUUCAGUGGGCCAAGGCUCUCGGAGCGGAAGUCUACGCCGUUACUCACUCGCCGGACAAGGUCGAAGACUGCAAAAAACUCGGUGCGAAGGAAGUCAUUGACACCAACAAGAAGGAUUGGGCUAAGCCUUAUGCCUUCAAGUUCGACUUCAUGCUCAACUGCUCCGACAUGACCAACGAAUUUGAUCUGCAAACUUAUUUAUCCACUCUCAAGGUCGGUGGACAUUUCCACAUGGUCGGCCUGCCAGACAAGCCCCUGCCCCAGUUCCCUGCAGGCCUUUUCGCCAGCAACUCCGCCAAGAUGUCUGGUAGCCAUAUCGGUAACAACCAGGAGAUGAACGCUUUGCUCAAGUUGGCGGCCGAGAAGGGCAUUGCGCCUUGGGUUGAGACGAUUGAUAUUUCCGAAGCAGGAUGCAAGGAGGCUGUAGAGAGAGUGAAGGCGAACAAGGUUCACUACCGUUUCACUCUUGUCGGGCACCAGAAGGCGUUUGGUACUGCUUGA